AUGAGAGUCCUGGCCACCUCUGCAAGGUGGGCUUGUACCACCCUGUGCCUGGCUUCCUGCUCAUAUGCCUUCUCCCAUGGGGCCAGUGCUAUGGCCUGUGAGGACAUGCGGCCAAGGCACAUCCAAGCCCAGCCCCAGGACCCCAGCACCCACCACGUCGCUGUCCACUCCAGCAGGCCUUCCUAUUCACCGGGUGAUAAGAUUCCAGUGUCUGUGAGGAGCAGCCGCGACUUCAUGGGGUUCCUGCUGCAGGCGCGGGCGGUGUCCGGUGGCCAGAUCGCUGGCACUUUUGUCUUCGUUCCUCCCCGCUGCAAACUGAUGGCUUGUGCUGAAGAGGCGGACACGGUCACUCACUCCGACAAGUCCCUGAAGAGGAACCUCUCCUUUGUGUGGAAAGCCCCGGCCCAGCCUGCGGGGGACAUCCGAUUCCUAUUAUCCGUAGUCCAGUCGUAUUUUGUUUACUGGGAAAGGAUUGAAUCACCCAUCGUGUCUCAGCAGACACAUAACAGAGGUCACCCUGCUGACCUCCACAGCAUGCCAACCCCUCGGCAGAGGCUGGAUGCCACUAAAGGAACCAUCCUAGGUAUAGCCUCUGUGUUCCCAAGCCUGGCUGUCCUCAUGGUUUUACAUGCCCCCAUCACUCUUCUCCAACCAUUUUCGGGGGUCUUUGCUUUUACUCUUGCAGGAUCUGUGGAAGAAGGCAAUCUAGAUUCUCUUCCUGCCAGUUUUUGGCCGGCAAUGUGGUCCGGGGGUACAGAGACUCUGUCUCAGUCAACCUCAUACACACCUGCGGCACACUGCGAUGGCCAGCCAGCCAAUGGAGACAACAACCCAAGCCUAGAACCAUCCCUGGAUGUCCACCGGUUAGACAGGCUAGUGGCCCUUGAGAAAAGGAGCUUUGCUUCCAGCCCAAGCACACACCGUAGGACUCAGGAUAACCCAAGCUUUAAUUUGCUGGAAACUUGCCUGUCCUUGGUUAAGGAUGAGCAGGGCGAGAUGACAGCCUCCAAUAGGUCCACGGCGGGGCCUGCUCACUAUGCUGUCCGUCUUACCAAGACUCGACUUCUCUGGUCCCCUGAAGCUUUUACUGAGAACGGGGCUACAGCAGCCAACCCAGUCUCUGACCUGCAGACCUCCGACGUUUCCAGGGUCUCGUCAGAGGCAUUGUGGUCCUCAGCUAGCUUCUUACCCGAGUCAAAGCACGAGGAAGGCAGAGUGGGGGAGGAGACUGGUGAGGGUGGCAUAGGAUGCCCAAGCAAGCCCAACUUAAGGCCUGACGUAGGGCUCAAGGGAGUCAGCGCCCCUUCGGAGAGUGAGCCCUGGACUCCCCAGCUGGGACUCCUGUUUGGACUGUCAGCUGCCCUGGGCAUGGCCCUGGCUGCCGGCCUUUGCCACCUACAUGCUCGGUAUUGCCACAAGCGGACGGAAGUGUCUUUCAGAGAACCCACCGCGGAUGCCCUUUCCAGGAGCAAUGCUGGGGCCACGGAACACGUCCAGAAGAUUGGGGACAGUGGCUUUAUCUCGGGCCAGGCAGAAUACGGCUGUACCACUCCAUCUGUGGGGAGCAAGAAAACGGUCCUCUGA